AUGGAGAAAGAGCCUCUACUCCCUUUUGUCAACACCAGAUGGCCGCAAUCGUCGCCGCAGCCGACGCCGCCGCCACCACCACCGCCAGUCUCACUCUGCCCUUUACCUGAAGAAAAUGAAAUUACCAUUCCAACGUUGCCCAUCACCCCAUCUGCAAAAGAAUUCAAAGAAAGGCUCAUAUUUGGAUCCCCCACUUAUGCAUCGUCCCCUCUUAUAGAUUCUUCCUCUUCGACCCUUCUUGAUGCCUUAACCUUAAGUGUCAACUCUCCCAAGCCCUCAAAAUCAAGUCUCGAUAAUGAAAGAAUUAAUACUGAACCUCAUGUAUCGAAUGUUGAUCUAGUAAAUAAACAGUCUUGGUUGAUUGAUCCCAAUUAUACAAGGUCCAAGAGUAACCUCCAUAGGUCCAGGACUGCACCUGCCAUGGCUGCAAUCAAUGAAAUUGACUGUUCACAAGACUCGGAGAAACCCCAGUCUAGUAAAUCAUCAAUUGUAAGACAAGGCGUUGUUCUUUUGAUCAUAUACUUGUCUCUUGGUGUGGUUAUAUACUCUUUUAAUAGGGAUGACUUUAGGGCUACUGAGACACAUCCUGUAGUUGAUGCUUUGUAUUUUUGUAUUGUUACUAUGUGUACAAUUGGAUAUGGGGAUAUAACCCCUGCUAGUACUGCAACCAAGUUGUUUUCUAUUAUGUUUGUGCUUGUGGGGUUUGGUUUUAUUGAUAUUUUGCUUACUGGGAUGGUUAGUUAUACGCUGGAUUUGCAAGAAAAUUAUCUUUUGAGGACAAUUAAAGGAGGGGGAGGGCAUGAUCCUAGGUCUUAUAUAAUUGAUGUGAAGAAGGGGAGGAUGAGGAUUCGGAUGAAGGUGGCGUUAGCAUUAGGUGUUGUGGUUCUAUGUAUUGGAAUAGGGGUUAGCGUCAUGCAUUUUGUUGAAAGGCUGAAUUGGCUAGAUUCAUUCUAUUUGUCCGUUAUGUCGGUUACUACUGUUGGAUAUGGUGACACGGCAUUUAACUCCUUGGCUGGUCGAAUUUUUGCAUCAAUUUGGUUGCUUGUGUCAACACUUGCCGUUGCUAGAGCAUUUCUUUAUUUGGCUGAGCUUAGAGUCGACAAGCGGCAUAGGAAAAUGGCGAAGUGGGUGCUUGGCCAGGGCAUGACCGUCGCACAAUUUCUUGCUGCCGACAUUGACAACAAUGGUUUUGUGAGCAAGUCGGAAUAUGUUAUAUACAAGCUGAAGGAGAUGAACAUGGUUUCAGAGAAAGACAUCUUGCAAAUUUCUCAACAGUUUGAUCUUCUAGACACAGGCAACUGUGGAAAGAUUACUCUCGUCGAUCUUAUUGAAAGUCAUCAGUCGUCUCUCGUCACUGGUUCCGGUUAA